AUGCCUACUCGCCGAGAGAUCCCCCGGCUCACAUUGGAGGAUGCCACAACGUACGACUACGAUGAACACUUACCUCAAGGCUCUGACGACGAGCUGGAUGAAACAGCCCGGGCGGUGAAAAGGAGAAGAAUCGAGGCCCUCGGCGAAUCUUACCUGCGCGGUAAACCGCUAUUCAUCUCUUGUGCUUCGCUUCGAGGGCCGUUUGAUGAUGGUUGGGUAAACCCAUGGAGAAAGCAUAGGAAGCAUCAUGAAAUAGCGACCGCCAGCACGAGGUCAGGGAUUCGCCUUGUCCAAGACGUAAUACCAGAGACAGACAAGAGCACGAACAACAUUAUAGGAGGCAAGAGUAUCCGUUCAAGCGAUUUACGGCAGUAUUCAACGUCGCUAAUGUCCGCCUCGCCCUCUGAGGGAAGACUGUCGAAAUCAUCGUGGAUACGUCAAUCCUCAACACCGCGGGAACCAGGAAGGUCCUCAUCUGAUGUUCCACCGGUACAAAACUGGCUCAAAAGGGAAAAUUUGUCUAUCAAUAUUCAGAAUUAUGAACCACCGAAAUCACCAUCCACCCGAUACACGAGCUUGGGAGUAAGCGGCGCAGCUAAACGUCCCAAGAGUUCACGCCUAAAAGCUGAGCCGACCUUUCCUCGGACAAUCAAGUCUCACCAAACAAAUUUACGCAACGUGAGAAGGGGUAAGUCUAUUUCAGGUGAUUCACAGGAGAAGCAUCUCCGAGUAGGGACAAAUGGCAGUUCGCCAAGCUCAUAUGAGCCCACCUCAUACGAAUCCAGAGAGCACAACCGCCGUCCUCGCUCCAAAAUGGAGGGAACUAAAAUAUUACCGAAACUUAAGAACGAGACAGGUGGAAGGGUCUCCGAAAGUCUAGCCAAAAAUGCCGAAGCCAUUUCACCGAUGGCUGAAAUUUUGCCUCCAAAAACAACUGUGCCAAAUAGUGCAUCUUCUAUCCUGAUUCCUCCAUCAUCACACCUCCCUGAAUUUCAAUACCGCCUUGCAAAAACUCAGUCAAAUAAAGGUUCUGAAAAAAAACGCGAGCAACCCCCUUUGGAAUCUGGCAGGGCUGCCUAUGGUGAAAGCAUUCCGGAAAUUCUGAAAGCAGAGAUCGGAUUGUCCUCAUCAAGACCUAUCAUUCAAGAUGAGCGUCAGGAUCAAACUUCUGUUACGAUUCGGACGAGUACCGUAACUCUUGGGUCUGUGCAGAACCAAAACGAAAACUUUACCGAAAGCGAGAAGAUACCAUCGGCUCAAAUUGUACCCAAGCAUCCAGGGAUCUCCGAUUGCUUCAUUUCAUUGCACUCUACCGAAAUAUGUGGCAUCGGUGCUGCUGGGAGUGGUACAGCGAGUGUGGAUGGAGAACUAUCAACUCAGGCAGCUUUCGAGCUCGCACAAAAAUCAUUUCAAGACGACCUUGCUACGCCGCAAAGAGGUUUCCCAUCUGCGCAGCCGACAACAAAAAUAGGCCACUCUUCCGUCAAAAGAAUCACACCAUUUGCUAACAUUAAUGCAUCUCAACAAAUGUUCGAUAUUAAGAUUGACCCAAAAGAUACCCCAGGGACAAGUCACAACAUAAAUACCCAAGCCAUGAUUGAUGCGAUUACACCUUUCAGUGAAGCUACCUCGCCAAAUUCAGGAAUGGGGGCGCGGCGGAAGCCUUUUCACAAAGCAGAUGCCAUGAAUUCUCAGACAAAGAAGACAAUCAGUUUCGCUGCGUCACCGCGCCCCUCUUCUCGGUCGAUAUCUCUUGACAGGUCAUCAUUCAAAGAGACAAAAGAUUCUGAACACGACUCUCUACCACCUCUCCCACUGACUUUAUCUGGGACUACUCCUGCAACAAAUCAACAGGACGGUCAAGGAUUCCUGUUCGGUAUGGACGCGUUUGAUCGUGGCUCAGAUCGGGAUGAUGAUGGAUCCCAGCCGCUCCACCCUAAGAGCUUCAAUUUACAACCUCCUCAUACCUCAUCGCCGGCUGAUGGCGUGGGCCCAAGGCAAAUGGCUUUAACUUCGAAGAAGGCUUUCAAUUUCUUUGAGGUUUCUCAAGUCCAGCUUUCAGAAGAUAGCUCUUCCGUCAUCAACGACGAUGUCGACUGUAUAUGUACUGGAUCCGAUAAUCUGUUUAUCGGAAGCAACGAUGGAAAAGUGCACAUAGUAUCGCCUGCGUUCAAAGUCGUUCGCUCGUUCAACGCGUACGAUGCCGGAGUCAUUCGACACAUGAAACAGAUCGAGGGCACAUCUCUCUUGGUGACAAUUGCGGAGGACUUGCCGAAUGAGCCUGUUCUUAAAGUCUGGGCUCUUGACAAGGUUGAAAAGAAAACUGGCGCACCACGUUGUCUUUCAACUUUGUCUGUCCAGAAUGGCAGACGACCCUUUCCAGUAUCUACAUUUGUUACCCUCGAAGACUUGUCUCAGGUCGCCGUUGGUUUUGCGAAUGGCUCGGUUGCUAUUAUUCGAGGGGACCUUAUUAAUGAUCGCGGCGCCAGACAGCGUAUUGUCUUUGAGUCGCAGGAACCUAUAACCGGUCUAGAGAUCCAAAAUGGCCACAGCACUACGACACUAUUUAUUGCCACUACAAGUCGUAUCCUCACACUCACCAUUGCCGGCAGGGGCCAGGGCCAGCCUGCCCGCGUACUCGAAGAUGCAGGCUGUGCUCUUGGAUGCAUGGCACUCGAUAAGAAUACAGGUGACCUGUUGAUCGCACGGGAAGAUGCCAUACAUACAUAUGGUCUACGAGGGCGAGGUCCUAGCUAUGCUUUCGAUAGCCCGAAGACAUCUUUAAAUCUUUUCAGAGGUUAUGUGGCACUCGUAUGCCCGCCAAGGACAGCAACAUCAAAGUCCGACUCAUUGCGAAGGUUUAGCGUAGGUCAAACAGAUGAUAUAUUUAAUACGUCCACAUUUACUCUUCUUGAUACCGAUCUGAAUUUCAUUGCACACUCGGAGGCUCUUAUUUCCCCCGUCAAAUGUACUUUUGCCAUAUGGGGUGAUCUAUUCCUGAUGAGUUUGGAUGGCAAGAUUACUCGCUAUCAUGAAAAGAAUCUGCAGCAGAAACUUGAGAUUCUAUACCAGAGGAACCUUUAUAUAUUGGCAAUCAACCUGGCUCAAAAGGCUGGCAUUGAUACCCUACAGCAGAAUGUCAUCUUCCGUAAAUAUGGAGACUAUCUCUAUCAGAAAGGAGAUUAUGACACAGCCAUGCAGCAGUACCUGAGAGCCAUAGAAAAUACUGAACCGUCGCAGGUCAUUCGCAAGUUCCUGGAUACCCAGCGAAUCCAUAAUCUUAUAGAAUAUUUGGAGGAGCUCCACGACCAUGACAAAGCCACAGCAGACCACACGACGCUACUUCUAAAUUGUUAUGCGAAACUCAAAGACACGUCCAAAUUAGAUUCGUUCAUCAAGGCUCCCGGGGAAUUGAAAUUCGAUCUUGAAACAGCUAUUGCGAUGUGUCGUCAAGGAGGAUAUUUUGAACAAGCCGCAUAUUUAGCCACAAAACACGGCGAAAAUGACAUGGUCGUUAGCAUUCUCGUUGAAGACUCUCAGAAAUAUGCCGAAGCCUUGGAAUUCAUCUCACGACUUGAAGCCGACGUGGCCUAUUCCAAUCUUAUGAAAUAUGCUCGGGUAUUGCUAGGGCAUUGCCCACAAGAUACAGCCCAGCUUUUCAUAACAUUCUAUACCGGAAAAUAUCGCCCAAAGAAAGAGAUAGAGCCUCCCUCAGAGUCGCAAACACAACAGCCCAGCGUGGUCCUCAGCCUAGCUGCCUUCAUUCCGCUUCCCUACGUAGGCGCGAGUGCAGCUACAAAGGCUCAACCGUCUGAACCCGAGCUGUCACAGGAUUCUAAUAAUGCCGAUGAUAUUCCGAGCUACAAUAUUCCCAAACCACGAACGGCUUUUUCGGCAUUUGUUGAUCAUCCAGCCGAAUUUAUUCGCUUCCUCGAGGCUCUCAUAUCAGAAAAGGCCUGGAAAGAACAGGACAGAAUUGAUCUAUACACUACACUGUUCGAGAUGUAUCUUGACAAUGCGAAGAAAUCGAAGGACCUAGGCGCUAGAAAUGAGUGGGAGACAAAAGCCAAGGAUUUGAUACAGGGAAAGGAUAUUCCUAUUUCGACGUCGAACGUUCUACUUCUUUCGGACCUGUCAAACUUCGAAGAAGGAACGACACUAGUCAAGGAACAGGCAGGCUUGCGGUCAGACAUUUUCCGCUCGUAUACUACCGCCAAAGACACCCAGGGAGUGAUCAGAGCUCUACGAAAAUACGGACCUGAAGAGCCUCAACUAUAUGUGGAUGCUCUAGCUUACUUUGCGUCAAGUCCUAAGAUUCUAUCGGAAGUUGGCGAUGAAUUGAAUGUUGUUCUCAAGAAGAUCGAUGAAGAUGGAUUGAUGGCACCCUUGCAAGUCAUCCAGGCGUUGAGCACUAACGCAGUUGUUACAAUGGGUAUGAUUAAAAGAUAUCUCAGUGAGAAUAUUGACCGGGAACGAAAAGAUAUAUCAACGAAUCGCCGGUUGAUAACAAGUUACACUACUGAGACAGAGGCAAAGAAAAAGGAACUUGAGCAACUUAGCUCGCAGCCAGCCGUGUUCCAAGCUCGUCGCUGUCAAUCUUGUGGCGGAUCCCUUGAGCUACCUGUUGUUCACUUUCUCUGCAAACACUCAUUCCAUCAGCGUUGCCUCAACAAGACAGGCGAAGAUGCCGAAUGCCCCAUUUGUGCGCCCCAAAAUGCGACCAUUAAAGCCAUUCGGCGGCGCCAAGUAGAGUCUGCCGAUCAACAUAGUCUCUUCACGGACGAACUGAAGCGUAGUAAGGAUCGGUUUGGAACCCGUAUAAUACAAGAUUCAGACGACGAGGGUGGAGAUGUGCGAUCCGAAGUCGCAUCCUCUUGUGACCCUCUCCAAGAUCCGUCAGUUGCACCCGGACGAACAGACGCAGGAAUGGCGCGCGUUGAUGAGAGCAACCCGGACUUUCCGAUUCCUUUCUCAGCUAGUGACCUGCCUCAAGUAGAUUUUGAUCGAUUUUUGCGAUCAGAGUCUUCUAUAAUGGCGGGCGAUUAUGAGGAUGAAAGAUGGGUGUCGACUGCGAAUUCAAGCUCGGCUCAUGUCGUCCAUGUUGGAAAAGAUCGUACAGAACAAUUACGCGACGACAGUCUUCCAUGCACCAUCAAUGCUACCCACAAUGCCUUGCCACCAACAGCCGAUGCCGCAGAAUAUGGCAUGGUCGCAGGUUACUCUGAUCAUCCUUCAAAAAGACGGAGAAUCUCGCCUUCUCAAGAAACAUCACACAAAGAACUUGAAAAGAGUACAGAAACAACUUCAUCCUACAAUUACUUCGCAUCUUCCGGUCCGAGUGACACAUCUCAGGCAGCGACAACCCUUCUUCUGCCUCUGACAACUGAUGAGAGCCAUGGCGCAACAACGACUGUGCUUAACUCCCUACUGAUACCAGCUGAAUCCCCUCCACCUACUAUACCAUUCUCUGAAGAUCCUCCAUAUGAACACGGACAGACGAUAACGGCGCCAAUUCCACAAUCUUAUAUCCAGGAAAGCGAUCCCAGACAGCCGUUAUCCGAAACAGAGACCGAAGCCUUGGGCGCUAAGAAGAAAAGGGGGCGUCCGAAAAAGCAAAUAGCAACGGAUCCCGCAGAUACGGAAAUCAAAACUGCUCCAGACGACACCGCCGAAGUCUCCGAGCAGGCAAUCAAGAAAAAACCCGGCAGACCAAAGAAGCAAGAAAAUGACACCGCACUUGAUACCUUCAAGGACGGAGUAACAGAAACCUCGAGCGAGCGAACACUGAGCCCCAGCGUUUCAAAAUCAUCGAAGAAGAAAAUCAAACGUAGCAAGACAACAUCAGACAUACCGAACAAACCUGGUGAAUUACAAACGGAAAGUGACGUGAUCUGGGUAGAAAGUCGCCCGGUAGAGUGUGUGCAAGAUUCCGGGGCCAUGGAGAAUGAACCUAUACUCUACGCUCGUUCAGAGAGGGAAUCAACGGACCUUGAUACUACGAAAGACGGACAACUUACCGACGAACAACCCAAAGCUUCCAAAAAGCGUGGCCGUAAGAGAAAAGAGACGACCGAAGGACCAGCUCCCUCCACUGAAAGCCAAGGUGUUCUCCAGGACAUUUCUAACAUACCACAUGCACCAUCAACACCACAAGACAAAGCGAAGGGCAAUGACAUGGAGAUGAAGUCUGACAGCCUGACUAGCGGGCUAGACAGUACACACAUCCCCAAAACGCCUAAAAGCCGUGACACUUCUUCUACUGGUCCUAGUGCAGAUGCCGCAAGCAACGAAGGGAACAUUGGCCAAGAAGCUGGUGUUGAGACUCCUACUAUAGCUAGCGCAAUGCAGCCAGUAAAGCAAACACCUGUAUCCAGCACAGGCAAGGUUCCUUUCAGGGUGGGUUUGAGUCGCCGGGCAAGGAUUGCGCCAUUGCUAAAAGUGGUAAAGAAGUAA